AUGAUGUUGAGCAACAACCAUGAGCAAGAUGACAAUGGUGGACAACCGGUACGCCAUCGUAGGAUCCAACAAGAUGAAGAAUCGGAUGAUCAUGAUGACUUUGUGAACGACGGGUUGAUGGUGGUUGACACGGCAGAGUUGGAUCUUGAGAUUACCAACCAUGCGGGUAGAAGACACCGUGGACUGGUCCUCAUACUAGCCACGGUGAUGGUGAUUCUGUUGGUCGUACUGACUGUUUCCAUUUCGAAGAGUGGUGGGGAGUCGCAGAGUGUGAAGAACGUCGCUGGCAAGGCUCAACAGGUUCCGAUCAAGCCAAACACAAAAACCUUGGGAAGCCAAGAUGAUGCUACGGCACCAACAAGUGCCGUCCCUUCUACGACAAGUACGACUGACCCCAGCACUCCGCCAGUGCCGACAACUCCUCCCACAGCAAGCAGUGCACCCACUGCAAAUCCUACACAAGCCCCGUCUCUUUCACCAUUGCCAACCCCACAACCAUCCGCAAUGACGUUGGGCUGUUUGCCAGACCGUUUUGACAAUGAAGAAAUGGAUCUAUCCGUAGAUCCUGAAGUCAAUUUCAACAAGCUCUAUCCUGGUCAAUUCAUUUGUUCCAAACCCUACAACAAUCCCACCCAAGAUCAGCCCCAUCCACAACGAUACCACUUUGGGCUGAACGAAGCAGGAGACGUCGUUUGGAUUGACACGGAGGCCAACGAAACCAAACUGAUCUACGAGAAUCUACACCACGCUCAGGUCUACUUUUCCUUACGGAUAGAUGCCACCAUGGUACUCCAAGAUGCUCAAAACAACACUGUACUGUGGGAGGGACCGGCCGUCAACACGAGGCAUCCCAUGUCUCACACACCCCGAUGUCUCUCCAACCAUGACUGUCCCUAUUUUCAUUUGCAUUCCGAUGGAGUCUUGGUGCUCAAUUACAUUGCCGGUGACGGAGCUGGCUGGAUCGCACGCAACAUUUUUCGAGUAUAUGAUGUUUGAGUGGAAACCAAUGUUGCUGUUGUACCGAUGUAUGUAUCAGAUUCUGUUCACCAUCAUGGGAAUCUGUACCGGUAAAGAAGGCCAAUUUGAUCUUUCUGUUAUAGACAAUUAUAAUUGUGCACAUUCGGAUUUUUGAGUGGAACUGAAAACCGCAACCCCAAGCUCCAAAGUGCUGGCCCUGGGUCCACCAUUAGCCACCACGUUCCCUGUACU